AUGCCCAACGACGACUCCUUCGGCAAGCCGUCGGCCCCCGGCGAGAGCCCGCACGGCCCCGGGCCUGCGCCGCCGAGCAAAGCGGGGGGCUUCGGCAAGGCGGCUGGGCCGCUGCUGGGGGCGGCGGGCUCGGCGGGCAAGAAGUCCCCGCGGCUGCCCAAGUGCGCGCGCUGCCGGAACCACGGCUACGCGUCGCCGCUCAAGGGCCACAAGCGAUUCUGCAUGUGGCGGGACUGCCAGUGCAAGAAGUGCAACCUGAUAGCGGAGCGGCAGCGCGUCAUGGCCGCGCAGGUGGCACUGAGGAGGCAGCAGGCCCAGGAGGAGGAGCUGGGCAUCAGCCACCCCAUCCCCCUGCCCAGCGCGGCUGAGCUGCUGGUCAAGAGAGAGAACAGCAGUAGCAAUCCCUGCCUGAUGAAUGAGAGUGGUGGCUCCGCACAGCCCCAGGUGCCGGCCAGCACCCCAACCACUGCGGCCUCAGAGGGUCGCAUGGCCAUCCAGGACAUCCCGGCUGCGGCCAGCAGAGGGCCCGUGGAGAGCGCGCCGGACCUGGUGCCCGACUCGGCCUACUACAGCAGCUUCUACCAGCCCUCGCUGUUCCCCUACUACAACAACCUCUACAACUACCCGCAGUACCCCAUGGCCCUGGCCGCUGACCCUGCCGCCGCCGGCGACGUGCCCGGGCCCCUCGGGGGCUCCCCCGUGAAGAACAGUCUGCGGAGCCUCCCGACACCCUACGUGCCCAGCCAGACAGGAAACCAGUGGCAGGUGAAGAACGCGGAGAGCCGCCACCCCAUGAGCUCGCAGUACAGGAUGCACUCCUACUAUCCGCCUCCCUCCUACCUGGGCCAGAGCGUCUCCCAGCUCUUCACCUUCGAGGAUGGGCCCUCGUACGCGGAACCCAAAACCAGUGUCUUCUCACCGCCCAGCAGCCAGGACUCCGGCUUGGUGUCUCUGUCCAGCAGCUCCCCCAUCAGCAACGAGAACACAAAGGGGGUGUUGGAGUGCGAGUCUGCCUCGGAGCCCAGCAGCUUCUCGGUGGCACCGGUGAUGGAGGAGGACGAGUGA